AUGAGAUCAAUGAUGAAAUGGAUGAUAAGUUCGAUUAUGCUUUAGAGUUUGCUCUCAGAGCAUACCAACAAUUUUACCGUCUAAACGUAACCGGUAAGAUCGAUCCUAAUACGUUGAAAGCAAUGUCGACCCCUCGUUGCGGUGUGCCUGAUAUUAACAUUGAACAAACCUCUAACUAUGUCCUUUUCGACGGGAGGAUGAAAUGGUUCAAGUACGACCUCACCUACAAUUACUUAUCUAAUUCUUCUCAGGUGCUUGAUCUUCAAGAUCUGAAACUAGCCAUUGCUCGAGCGUUCCAAACAUGGAGAAACGCUUCUAAAUUCACGUUCAGAGAGAACACGACACCGGGCGCUAACACCGAUAUCGGGAUCGGAUUCUUUCGACGAUUUCAUGGGGAUGGAGAGCCAUUUGACGGGCCACUAGAUAGAUAUCGGCCUAAUGUUGUGGCUCAUGCUACUCCUCCACAAUCUAGGUAUUCGUUUCUUCAGUUCGAUGCAGAUGAGAUUUGGAGCACUAAUCCUGCAGAAAAUACAACCCAAGUGGACAUAGAAUCGAUAGCCCUGCAUGAAUUAGGACAUAUUCUUGGGUUGAAUCAUAGUCAGAAGGAAGAAGCAGUGAUGUACGCAAUAUUCCCAGGUGGACAGAAAAGGGUACUUAAACAAGACGACAUUGACGGCAUCACGGAUUUAUACAAGUAA